GGAUGAGUGCUCGAGAGCCAACUUGGCGAGUCCCGAGGAGGUUCGCCGGGCUGUCUCGCAGAACUUUCGGGACAAGAUGGCGGCUUUGGACCUUACUGGUUGAUCUUGAGGUGAUCGUCUAGUGAAAAAUGUUCUGCAGCACAGUCAGUUGUGCUUGUGGUAUUCUCGCUUUUAUCCUGCUGCGUUUGGCAUGGUUCUUCAGUGAAAUGUUGCUGAUGGGUAAGUUCUGGGAUUCAAAUCAUGAUCAGUUCGUCUGGCUUACGACAACACUAGGACAAACCCUGAGAAGGGAAGACGAUCGACAGGGCAGAACAUCACACAUCUCGCUUAGUCGACUUCGAAUUGCUACGUUGCUGUCGGGGACUAUCAAGGUCCAAGCUGUGGUUGACUCCUCUCCCCAUAUGGCUGUUGCAACCGGUGGUGAGCAGACUAUUCUCGACGACUAUGAUUGCUUUGAAUCACCGGGGUCGACUUCUCGGCUUUCUCAUAAGUUUCCUAUGAGCAAACAAUUAGGUCGGGGAAGCCAACAAUCCUUGACGAGAGCUUCUCGAUUUUGUUCUCCCUUUCAGAUUGCUUUCCACGAACGAUGCUUUGGGUCAGGAUGUGGUCACUGUUUGAGUACGAUACUCUAUGACGAGAUAACUGGAAGAUGUAAGAUUUGCCUGAGUGCCGAGGGCGGCCUUACGGCAGUGUCAGUGUAAAUAGGAUGUGUCAAAGUAUUACGUUCAACCUUGACCGAGC